UCGAUUUUCCUCGCUCAGUUCUACUCGGCGAACGUAGCGCGAUAGAUCGUUCUUCUUCCUUGCUUUCGUCUCGGAUGUCUCAUAUGCAAAUAUCGCGACUACGUCCUACGUACUCUUUUCCCAGGGUGAACGCCGAUCCCUCUCGCGAGUCACCGGCCGCUCCCCAAAACUCGUUGCCCAAAAGUGAUUAUCCGCACGUAGGAGCCUACUACUAACCAGCGCAUCAACAUGAGAGCAAGGAUAGUUUUCCUAGGAGUUCUACUCGUCUGCACGAGCAUGCGAUAUGCAGAGGGUAGAUCGAAAAAGACGACGCAGCUGUCGCUGCAGAGCAAAGAGACCAACGUGGUGAACUUUAUGCGAUUGCUGAUGAUGAGAUUGGUCUUCGGGGUAGCUUCGGCAAUGGGGUUGGGUGAAAAUCUUUCGGGUGUACUCGGCGGAAUUUUCGUGCCACCUGGAGCCGAAGACUACGAAGAUUACGGCGACGAUGUCGGCGGUUUCGUACCUGAUUUAUUUUAGAGUAGAUUUCGCAUCUAGCCUACUUCAUUAUCGCGCGCGCGUUUUCGAAGACGAUCGUAUCGUUAUUUCGACAAAAUCGAUCGAUUCGAAUAAUAAGACAUCAUUUCUUUACUAUAGCCUUGCGUCUUAGAAAAAUUACCGGAAUCAAACGGAAUGAAGUAAAUCAAUACCUGAAAAAGUUAUAAUAUUCUGAUUAUUUUUUAUUAGCAAGAUAUUGUAGCCUAUUGAAGGAUAAAUAAGAAUUGUAAAAAAAGAUAUCAAUUUAUGAUGUUUAACAAACUUUGUAUAAAAGAGAUUCCGAGAAAGAUAUAACUUAACAAUGUUGACAAUGGAAUUAAAAAGGCUCUUUCUCUCUCUUUUUUUAUAUUUUACAUUACUUAUCACAAUAACGUGAAAUAUUGGAAAAUAUAAAUAGUCACUCGUAUGGCGCAACAACCGGAUUAUGAUUCAGACGUGAGUCCGUCGAGCUCGCGCGCGAGAGGCUUUUUAAGUCUUCCGUACCGUUAUCCGUAAUUUCGGUAAAGCUAAUGGAUGCGCAUCGGUUACCACAGGUGGAGAUAUGGAUAGCAAAUCGUUCGUUACCGCUUUCCGUUUUACUCCGUAUCGUACCCAUCAAUUCCGUUGGUCUCGGUUCGAUGAAAUUCGUAUCUGCUAAUCGCGAUAAUAAUCUCUAUAAAAAUAAAAAUCUAGAAAUAAAUUUCAUGUUUAUGUUUGGAAAAUGUUUGCAAGAACCAUUAGCUUCGCGGUCAUCUUGAUAAGACGCAACGGUUUUAUUACUUUAUUUCGCACCUCGUUGAAAUGAAUUAAAAUGUAGAACUGUGAACCACUUUCAAAAUAAUCAGCUCAAACAUGUAAUAAAAUUACUACGUUUGCAUUUAUGAAAAAUAUUCUGUAUAUCGAUAUCGGUAAAUGUAAAACGGAAAGUGCGUUUAUUACUAUAU